ACGUCACUCUCCAGAAACGAAACUUGAGUUGGUCAGAGAGACAGACGCGCUGCAGUGAAGACAAGUCUCCGUGUUUGUGAGAGAAAAGUCAAAGUGACGUCAUCAGGUGUUCCUCAGCAACACAGCAGAGUCUCUUGAGAACACAGGUGAGUACAGCUGGUCACAUUUACACCUUCAACAAGCAGGAAGAACACACAACUUACAUGGCUUCUGCAAACUAUGGUCCAUCUGAAGAUCAGUUCCUGUGCUCCAUCUGUCUGGAUGUGUUCACUGAUCCAGUCUCCACACCAUGUGGACACAACUUCUGCAUGAACUGCAUCAAUGAACACUGGAACACCAGCGACCAGAACCUGUGUCCAAUGUGUAAGAAGGACUUCACCACCAGACCUGAUUUGAGGGUCAACACCAUGUUCUCUGAGAUGGUUGUUCAGUUCAGACAGUCCACUCAGCAGAAAGCCAGCAGCAGCAGCUCAGAGCAACAAGAGUCCAAACCAGGAGAAGUUCCCUGUGACGUCUGCACUGGAACCAAAGUGAAGGCCCUCAAGUCCUGCCUGGUGUGUCUGGCCUCCUACUGUGAGACUCACCUGGAGCCUCAUCUGACUAUGUCAGGUCUGAAGAGACAUCAGCUGAUGGACCCUGUGGAGAACCUGGAAGGCAGGAUGUGUACGAAGCACGAUAAACCUCUGGAGCUGUUCUGUAAGAGCGACCAGACGUGUGUCUGCGCGCUCUGCACUGUUUUAGACCACAAGAUGCAUGAUGUUGUUCCUCUGAAAGAAGAAUAUGAAGAAAAGAAGGUUGAGCUGAAGAAGACAGAGGCUGAAAUCCAGCAGAUGAUCCAGAAGAGAAGACUGGAGAUUCAGGAGAUCAAACACCUGAUGGACCUCAGUGAGGAAGAUGCAGGCAGAGAGAAAGCAGAAGGUGUUCAGGUCUUCACUGAUCUGAUGGAGUCUGUUGGAAGAGGCUUGAAGGAGCUCCUCAAAACAAUAGAAGAGAAGCAGGAAACCACAAAGAAACAGGCUGAAGCUUUCAUCAGAGAGCUGGACCAGGAAAUCUCUGAGCUGAUGAAGAGGAGCGCUGAGAUGGAGCAGCUCUUUCUCUCUGAAGACCACCUCCAUCUUCUCCAGUCCUUAAACAUCCAUCAGCCACCACCCACCAAGGACUGGACAGAGGUCCGUGUUUGUCCUUCAUAUGAGGGGACUGUGGAGAGAGCUGUGUCUCAGCUGGAGGAGACACUCAGUGAAAAGAUGAAGACGGUGUUUACUGAGCUGAAGAAGGUCCAGAUGUUUGCAGUGGAUGUGACUCUUGAUCCUGAAACAGCUCAUCCUCAACUCAUCCUGUCUGAUGAUGGGAAACAAGUGAAAUACGGUGAUGUGAAGAAGAAUCUCCGAAACAACCCAAAGAGAUUUUCUAACGGGUUUUGUGUUUUAACAAAGCAGAGUUUCUCUUCAGGCAGAUUCUACUUUGAGGUUCAGGUUGAAGGAAAGACUCACUGUUUUUUAGGAGUGAUCAGAGAGUCUGUCACCAGGAAGAGAGACAUCUCAUGGUGUCCUCAGAAUGGUUACUGGACUAUAUGCUUGACAAAUCGAAAUGUAAACUAUGCUCUUGAUGCUCCUCCAGUUAAUUUCUCUGUGAAGUCUGGUCUUCAGAAGGUGGGGGUGUUAGUGGACUAUGAGGAGGGUGUGGUCUCCUUUUAUGACGUAGAAGCUGCAGCUCUCAUCUACUCCUACACUGGCUGCUCCUUCACUGAGAAACUCUUCCCGCUCUUCUGUCCUGGUUCUCAUUACGAUGUUAGAAACUCUGCUCCUCUGAUCAUCUCUCCUGUCAAAGUAAACUAAUUAUUCUCUUCUUUCAUGUGAUGAUUUUAUUGAUUAAAGGGAAUAAAUGCACAUAUUUUGUAUGAAAACUGUUUGUUUUUCUCUUAUUUUCAUGAUCCUUAUGGAGAAUUUAUAUUUCAACCUUUUGAAUCCAGACUUUUUUAUUUUCACUAAAUAUCCAAAGCUGAAGUUUGACUUUGAGUAAAUGAUCAAAACAAAUCAUAUCUGAUGUCUGUUACCUUUCCAUCAUGUUCACAGGAUGCACUUUGUUAUUGUUGUUUUGUUAAUAUUUGUAAGAUGAUUUCAAAGUAAGGAAUGUUUAUUUUGAUUUUUGAAAAAAGAUAAAUGUAUGUUUUUAUGAAGGUCGAUUUGUGUCUUUUAUUAUGCAAACAAAAAAGAAUGUUUCGAUAGCAAAUUUCUUGCAAUGCAAGCAAAAAUAAAGUAAGUAAUUAAAAGUAUAUGAAAUGAGAAUUAAUUAUUUGUUAAAGUUUAGAAAGUUGACACUCUUUUUGAGUGUAAUCCUUCAAUCGAAAGUGAUUCAUAACUUUUGCCUCACCUUCCCUACAUGACACCACUAACCAAGCUCACACGUCUAUCUAUGUACAGUCGGGUUAGUAGUAAGUAAUGAGUCCUCCUUGGAGACACAACACGAGCCCACAUGAAAGAGGGGCUUCAUGUCAACACAGCAGCCCUCCAUGUCGUCCUCAAUAAAACCCUCCGUGACACUAACAACAUGAACUCAACAUGAAGAGGAACUCAACAUGAACACGGGUUCAAUAACAGACACAUGAGAGAAUGCAGCUGGUACGAGCUCAGAAGCAGCUCGUCACCAAUCAGUGAUCAGCAUCAAAAGCUGCACUUAUUCAACUGGGCUGAGCGACUAAAGUGGAGAAACGUCCCGGUGGCAGAAAGAAAGUCCUCACUCCAAAAAACACCUCACAUUCCAAGUGUUGAGAUUCAAAUGUUUGAGUUUGGUUCAAAUGUUUAUUUUGGGAAACGGAAUCGUUCAGAAAUGGAAGUGACACUGAAACGGUAAAAUAUGUUAUAACACAGUCUGAUGCUAAAAGAGGGAUUGUUGUCUGAAUUAAACUGACGUG